ACACAGUCGUUUAAUCCACCGUAGGUCAGUUUAGUUUUGUUUUAAGAGUUUAUACUUAAAAAAAGACGUAAUUUUCAGUACAGUCUACGUAAAAUGACUUCAACGUCAAAGACCCAGUGUUUUAAAUCCAAGUUCAUAACCGCCGAGCUGGCUCAUCUGUUCAGCCAGUCGGACAGCGAGGAGGAGUUUGAAGGCUUCAGUGAAGCAGAGGAACAGGAGGACACGGGACGUUUUAACAAGCGAGUGAAGACCAAGAUGGUGGAGACAGAGGACGACAGCGAUAUGGACAAAGACCUGUGCUCUAAUGGGGAAGAAGCACCCCUACCAAAACGGAGUCUUCUUGUAGCACUGAGGUUUCCCAUCAAAAGACUGUCGACACCCAAACAGGGACUUAAAGAUGAAAAUGUCAAAAAGCCUAAAAAUGUCAGAACGACUGCUACACUUUCACAGCAAAUAAAGCACAGGAUGAACGAAGAAAAGAAAGACAAAGAGGAUGUUUUGACUCAAAGUUUAAGGGACAGAGAGAAGAACAUCCAGGAAAACAAGGCCAUGCUGGCGAAGCUGUUUUCUGACCUGAGCACUGUGGCGGACCUGACUCUUCCUGCAAGCCCUCAAAAGAGGAAGCUAAUGCCAGAGAAAAAAAAUCCACGGAAACCCAAGUUUGACCAGGAUAUCGGCUCAGAAAGGAGGAACCCGUCCCGUAAAGCCCGCCCUCCCGACAACUUUGCAGUGGAGGAAAGGAGUGAUGACUUACCAACCUACAAAGGCCCGAGGACUGUAGACAUCAGGAGACUGGUGGAGGUGAGUGAGGAACACUUGAGAGAUAAACAGAAAAAGAGGAACUACAUUUCCAGGAAGGCCAAAUAUGUGGUGAAGUCGGUUGAUGAAAUCACCAAAGAAGACUUGAAGAACGUGGUGUACCGCAGCAAAGACAAGAUCUGGGACAAGGAGUAUGGCAGCUCCUGUCACCAGUGCAGACAGAAAACUCUGGACACCAAAACGGUGUGCCGCAGUGGUUUCUGUGUGGGGGGCAAAGGUCAGUUCUGUGGGGUGUGCCUGAAGAAUCGAUAUGGAGAGGAUGUUGGCGUGGUCCUGCUCGACCCGAUGUGGUCGUGUCCCAUUUGUAGAGAAAUGUGCAACUGCAGCCUGUGCCGUAAGAAGGAAGGCCGCUGUGCUACCGGCAACCUUGUAAGAUUAGCCCGCUACAGAGGUCACGACAAUGUCCAUGAAUACCUGGCGAGCAUUCAGAAGGAGCUUCUGUAGAGACCAGAGAGGAGAACCUUCUGGUACCCAGUGAAGGUUCCUGUGCUGAAUAGUACUGUAUUUUUUUCCUUCACCCCUCUAUGCACACGUUCAUGUUUAGAUGAAACUUUUAUCUGACAAAAAAUAAACCAGAGCACAUAUGCUGUAAAUUUUUAUAUAUCCUGGUUUUAAUACUGCAUAUGUUGAAUCGUGUUUUUUCCUCUUCUUUCUCAUGUCAGACGUGGAUUUUGAGUUGUAUAUUUUUGUUUGAAUAUUUCCAGUUGCUAUUGUGAGAACAAAUGCAGAUGGUUAUUGUGUGUUCCAGUUGCUAAACAAGCCAUUUAUACAGAGUGCUUUUCUACUUUACAAUUGUCUUUUCACUGUGUAAAUUUUAAUAAAGAGGAUCUUAUUGAUGUCAUAUUUGUAGCACGUGCAGUGUUUCCGCUUCAGUCAGGCACGCUGUCUUUAUGGGAGAAUGUCAAACCUCACACGCAGGGUGGGUGUCUGCACACUUUUCACUGCUCGCUGAAGUGUUGCUACUGGAAAGAGGCCAGGACUUGCGUGCAUGACUGGGUGGGUCGGUUCCAGGUCAGCUAUUGGCUGCUGAGGAGGCCACUGAUGCAGUCAGCUGAUGUCAUGACAUCAACUGGAGGUCAGGGGUCACUGCACAGUCAGGAUGCUGUUGAGGUAAUGUUAUGUGAUCCUAGUGACAAAUAUAUGCACUGUUUAAAUAAAACAAGAAAAAAGAAGUGCUAUAUUUAUUUAAUAUAGUUACAG